GCGCAGUGUUUUGCAUAAUGAUUUAGGAAGAAGCAGCACAGCGCUUUUUUUUUUUUUUUUUUUUAAGGAAUGACUUCCUGGUUCUGUCCAAACAGGUUUGAUCCGAGACAAGCUGACGCAGCAGUGGAGGGAGAGUGGGCCAGGUUACUGACUCGACAGUAGAGCGGUAGGUCUGCGCUCACGACUGGAGGAGUGUCUCUGUGAACGUCCUCCACAGACUCUCCAAGCUUCAGCCGGCGACAAAAUGGACUGUGUUGACGGUCCCUGCCCGCAUCAGAGCGUCCCGGUCGAGGUGGACGAGAGGAUGGUGCCGUCCAGUCUGAUGUGGCCUUCUUGUCAGCAAUGCGUCAGAGAGUCGGUGCCCAGCAGAAGGCCAGUGGAGCAUGAGCAUGUUGCCGUGGCAGAGGUCCAGUUCCGGGGCUUGGAUCGUCCACCAGGUGAUCCGGGACAUUUGGUCGGUGAACCGUCGUCCAGACAGAGGAGCUUUGGUUGGUCCUGUCACUACGGACAGCCCGCUCCUUGGAGAGAGGGAUCUGCAGUUCACCACCCCAGGGUUGUUUUUGGAACCUCAAACCCACCUGAAGGCCAGGAGGAAAGUCUGGAGCCGCCCCUCCCGCUGUUGUCCGUUCACCUUCCCCAUCCAGUCCCGUCUCCCUAUCCAGCUGCCUACGGCCCAUGUCUGAACCCUGGACCGCUGCUGGGGAGGUGUCAGUGUCGCGUUCCUCCACCUCAACCCCAGCAACAGCCGCUCCCAUACUGUCCUGCUGUGGUCAGGAAUCCUCACCAGAAUCCUCGACCCUGCCUGCAGCCACGGAUCCUGCAUGCCAACAACAUGCCAUUUAAAAACACUCCAUUCCAAGGCACUACACCUGUCUACGUAGCGCCCCCUAGAGAGGUAAUGCAUGAAGUGAGCGCCAACAUCUCUGUGCUGCCACAUCCACGUCCCAACUCCAGAGAGACCAGGAAGACCGUCAGCCUCCCUGAAGAGUCCAGGAUUGUUUUCAUCACCUACUCGGUGGACGCCGCCAACGACAUGCGUCCCUUCACCACGUUUCUGACCGCUCAAGGAUUCAAACCAUCUAUCGACCUGUUUGAUAAUCCCAUCCGACGGAUGUCGAUCAGCAAGUGGAUGGACCGCUUUCUGAAUGAUAAAUCUGUCCUGAUCAUCGUGGUCAUCAGCCCGAGGUACAAGGAGGACGUGGAGGGGGACCACGAGGACGAGCACGGACUGCACACCAAGUACAUCCACACUCAGAUCCAGAACGAGUUCAUCCAACAAGGCUGCAGGAACUUCCGACUCGUGCCGGUUUUGUUUCCAAACGCCACCAAAAGGGACGUCCCGACCUGGCUGCUGAACACCAGGAUCUACAGUUGGCCCCGGGACACCCAGGACCUGCUGCUGCGCCUGCUGAGGGAGGAGCGCUACAUCCUCCCACAGACAGGCGGCGACCUCACCCUCACCGUCCGCCCGCUCUGAGAGGAGCCGCCAGCAACAAGUCAAGAUCGACCUCGUGUCCCCUUCUGUUUUGGUUUGACUCUGAGUCUCCACUGAUCAGUGAAUGCGUGUCUCUGAAUUCAGGUUUCUGCUGAGGCAUUUUGGCUAUGUUUUAUUAAAAUAUUUUUUAAUGAAUACAAUAGUUUUAGUGGCUUUAGACCGACUGUGAAUGAUGGCUGAGAGUCUGGUGCCCCAUCUGUAGUCGACUAUAUUAAUAUGACGCAGUCGUUGCAAAUACUGAUUAGAAAAUGAAGAAAUGUAAAUGUGUUUGAGUGUUAAAUUUCAACCAUAUUACAGUCAAAUGCCAAGUCAUCGUGUGUGAUGUGUAAAGGUUGACAAACAUGUGACUAGUCUGAUUGUAAAUAGUAAACAACUGUAUGGUGAAGUGGUUUUGAAACGUGUGUGGUUCUCUGAGAGACCACCAGGGGGCAGUGUUGUUCAAUGAGUUAAAGUGAAGUCAUACUUUCUUUUCAAAUAUUCU